AUGGUAACAGCUGCAUGCACGCCUCACAUCAGCAAGUCCAACGCCAAGCGUCAGAUGGGGUGGAGCCCACCCUGUCCUUCGACCCCGAAGCACGGAACGAUUGCACUCACACUGGCCAAACGUACUGGACUUCAGGCUGAAACGGGCCCAGGCCAGACCGGAUGGCUUAGUAGGUCCUGGACUAGGAUCAGGAUCCCUCUAUGUCUGCCCACCAUCACUGACAGAGGUCCUGGACUAGGAACAGGAUCCCUCUAUGUCUGCCCCACCAUCACUGACAGAGGUCCUGGACUAGGAACAGGAUCCCUCUAUGUCUGCCCCACCAUCACGGACAGAGGUCCUGGACUAGGAUCAGGAUCCCUCUAUGUCUGCCCCAACAUCACGGACAGAGGUCCUGGACUAGGAACAGGAUCCCUCUAUGUCUGCCCCACCAUCACUGACAGAGGUCCUGGACUAGGAACAGGAUCCCUCUAUGUCUGCCCCACCAUCACGGACAGAGGUCCUGGACUAGGAUCAGGAUCCCUCUAUGUCUGCCCCACCAUCACGGACAGAGGUCCUGGACUAGGAACAGGAUCCCUCUAUGUCUUCCCAACCAACACGGACAGAGCUCCAGGACUAGGAACAGGAUCCCUCUAUGUCUGCCCCACCAUCACGGACAGAGGUCCUGGACUAGGAACAGGAUCCCUCUAUGUCUGCCCCACCAUCACGGACAGAGGUCCUGGACUAGGAACAGGAUCCCUCUAUGUCUGCCCCACCAUGACUGAGAGAGGUCCUGGACUAGGAUCAGGAUCCCUCUAUGUCUGCCCCACCAUGACUGAGAGAGGUCCUGGACUAGGAUCAGGAUCCCUCUAUGUCUGCCCCACCAUCACGGACAGAGGUCCUGGACUAGGAUCAGGAUCCCUCUAUGUCUGCCCCACCAUGACUGAGAGAGGUCCUGGACUAGGAUCAGGAUCCCUCUAUGUCUGCCCCACCAUCACUGAGAGAGGUCCUGGACUAGGAUCAGGAUCCCUCUAUGUCUGCCCCACCAUCACGGACAGAGGUCCUGGACUAGGAUCAGGAUCCCUCUAUGUCUGCCCCACCAUCACGGACAGAGGUCCUGGACUAGGAUCAGGAUCCCUCUAUGUCUGCCCCACCAUCACUGACAGAGGUCCUGGACUAGGAACAGGAUCCCUCUAUGUCUGCCCCACCAUCACGGACAGAGGUCCUGGACUAGGAACAGGAUCCCUCUAUGUCUGCCCCACCAUCACUGACAGAGGUCCUGGACUAGGAACAGGAUCCCUCUAUGUCUGCCCCACCAUCACUGACAGAGGUCCUGGACUAGGAACAAGAUGCCUCUAUGUCUGCCCCACCAUCACUGACAGAGGUCCUGUACUAGGAUCAGGAUCCCUCUAUGUCUGCCCCACCAUCACUGACAGAGGUCCUGGACUAGGAACAGGAUCCCUCUAUGUCUGCCCCACCAUCACUGACAGAGGUCCUGGACUAGGAUCAGGAUCCCUCUAUGUCUGCCCCACCAUCACUGACAGAGGUCCUGGACUAGGAACAGGAUCCCUCUAUGUCUGCCCCACCAUCACUGACAGAGGUCCUGGACUAGGAACAGGAUCCCUCUAUGUCUGCCCCACCAUCACUGACAGAGGUCCUGGACUAGGAUCAGGAUCCCUCGGUCUUCUUUCUUUAAAGACUAAGAUGACGUCUACAUGUUGA